AUUGUUUAUUUUUAUGAAAAUGUAAUCAUGUCAUGGUGGGAUUGGAUGUCGUGUCCCAUGGACGUUCGAGUUUCAACGCGUUGUUGCAUGCUCUGAUCUGAAUGAGUCAAUUCUUUCCUUUCUUCCUCUUUGUUUCGUCAGACCUUCCUGAGUUUGUUACUUUCCUUCUUUAAGUUCAAGGGAUUAUGCUGUACUGAUUCUCUACUAUGCUUCUCAAGUAAGGAUUUUGAGAGAAGAUGGAAAAAACAAAAUAUUCAGAUGCAAUUUCAAAAUUUAUCCAAAGUUUAGAGCUACCGAAUGUUUCUUUGGAUCAUGGAGGAGUUGCCACAGCUUCUACUUCUUCUGUUGAUAGAAUCCGAAGCAAGGGAUACGAUGUGUUCAUCAGUUUCAGAGGCUCUGACACACGCAACACCUUUGUUGAUCAUCUCUACUCUCAUCUCAUCAGAAAAGGUAUUUCCACUUUCAAAGAUGACAAAGAGCUUCAGAAAGGUGAAUCUAUUUCACCUCAACUUUUGCAAGCAAUUCAACAUUCACGGCUUUCUAUCGUUGUUUUCUCGAAAGAUUAUGCUUCAUCUACUUGGUGUUUGGAUGAAAUGGCCGCUAUUGCUGAUUGCCGUGCUGAAUUGAAACAAAUUGUUUUUCCUGUUUUCUAUGAUGUUGAUCCGUCUCAUGUAAGAAAUCAGAAUGGAGUUUAUGAGAAUGCGUUUGUUUUACACACUAAGCAGUUUGGAUAUAAUUUGGAGAAGGUCACUCGGUGGAGGAGAACUAUGACUUGUUUGGCUAAAUUAGCUGGUUGGGACGUUAGAAAUAAGCAAGAGUUUUCAGAGAUUGAACACAUUGUUCAGACUGUAAUAAAAAAACUGGGUCAUAAAUUCUCAAAGUUUGCUAAGGACCUUAUUGGAAUACAACCUCGUGUAGAAGAAUUAGAAAGCCUUUUAAAACUAAACUCGAAGAAGGAUGACAUUCAAGUUUUGGGAGUAUGGGGGAUGGGUGGAAUAGGGAAGACAACUCUUGCAUCUGUCUUGUAUGACAGAAUCUCAUAUCAGUUUGAUGCUAGCUGUUUUAUUGAGAACUUUAGUGACAUUUAUAGAAAUAGUGGUGGUAGAUAUGGCGGUGCUACUGCUGUGCAUAAAAGAAUUCUUUGUCAAACUAUGGAAGAAAAAAAUCUAGAUGUAUACAGUCCUUCUGAAAUAUCGGGAAUUGUAAUGAAUAGGCUGUGUGACAUAAAACUUCUUGUAGUUCUUGACGAUAUUGAAGAAUAUGAGCAACUGCUGGAAUUGAAUAUAGACCCCAAGUCACUUCUUGCAGGAAGUAGAAUAAUCAUAACCACUAGAGAUGAGCAUAUUCUAAAACAGUAUGAUGCAGAUAUAAUUUAUAAGGCUCGAUUCAUGGAUGAAAAUGACGCUCAUAAACUUUUGUGUAGAAAAGCCUUCAAAAACGAUCAUUCAAACAGUAUUUUUCAAGAGCUGGUUCCUGAGGUACUAAAACAUGCUCAGCUUCUUCCAUUAGCGAUUGGAGUAAUGGGUUCUUUCUUGUAUAGACGAGAUGCUAUGCAGUGGAGAGCUACCUUGGAUGGAUGGCAGAAUAAUCCGAAUAGUGGUAUUAUGAAAGUGCUUCAGACAAGUUUUGAGGGACUAGAGCAAAGAGAGAGGGAGAUAUUUCUGCACAUUGCUUGUUUCUUUCAAGGGGAGAGGGACGAUUAUGUAAGGAAAAUUUUAGAUGCUUGUGGAUUGUACCCAAACAUUGGAAUUUCACUUCUUGUUGAAAAAUCGUUCAUAACCCUUAGAAACGAGGGAAUUCAUAUGCAUGUAAUGUUGCAAGAGUUGGGGAAGCAAGUUGUUCGGGGACAACAUCGUGACGAGCCAGUAUUCUGGAGCAGAUUGUGGCUUUACACGGAUUUCCAUCGUGCGAUGAGGACUAAAACGGGAGAAAUAGAAGUUAAAGCUAUAGUUCUUGAUCAAAAGGAGGAUGGCUUCAGUUUUAAUACGUUGAGUGCUGACAAUUUAUCAAAAAUGCAACGACUGAAACUGCUCAUAUUAUAUCAUAAGAAUUUUUCAGGAAAUCCUAUAUCACUUUCCAAUUCCCUAUGUUAUUUUUCAUGGGAUGGCUAUCCUUUCACUUCUCUGCCAUUAGAUUUUCAGCCAUCUGACCUUGUUGAAUUGAAUAUGCCUAAUAGCAGAGUGGAAAAAUUAUGGACAGGCAUCCAGUAUCUCCCCUGUUUGAAAAGGAUGGAUCUGAGCAACUCUAAAAAUCUCAGUAUGACUCCAAGUUUUGAAGGGAUUCAAAAUCUUGAGCGGCUAGAUUUUACAGGAUGCAUAAACUUGUUCCAGGUUGAUCCGUCAAUUGGACUUCUUACAAAACUUGUAUUCUUGAGUUUGCAGAACUGUAGUAGCUUGUUAAGACUUGACUUCAACAGCGUAUCCAGUUUAAGUUCGUUAAGAGUUCUUCGUCUCUCCGGGUGCACCAAACUUGAAAAUUCUCCAGAUUUUACUAGAGCAUUUAAUCUUGAGUACCUUGAUAUGGAUCAAUGUACAAGUUUAACCACAAUUCAUGAAUCCAUUGGGGCUCUUGUAAAGCUUAGAUUUUUGAGUUUGAGAUAUUGCUCAAAUCUUGUUGGAAUACCUGACGACCUUAAUAACAUGGAAUCGCUUACAACUCUAGAUCUAUAUGGCUGCUCGAAAUUUACCAAUUUUCGCCUGAGAUAUUCCGAUUGUUCUUCUCCCCUGGAAUCUUUGAUUUUUCUGGACUUAAGCUUUUGCAAUAUUUCUGAAUUACCUGAUGCUAUCGGAGACUUGGGGUGUUUAGAAAGACUAAAUCUUCAGGGAAAUAACUUUGUUACAAUUCCUUCUACCAUCAAUAGGCUUUUCAGACUAGCAUACUUAAACUUGUCUCAUUGCCACAGUCUUGAAUAUUUGCCUAACCUCCCAACAGAAAGUGAUCCAUUAUUGGUUGGAAGAUACUUUAAAACAACAUCUGGAUCCCGUGAUAAUAGGUCUGGAAUAUAUGCUUUUGACUGUCCCAAGGUGGCCGAACGCUUGUUCUCGUGCAAAGAAGAGCUCCAUAAAGAUGUAAUUGAAGACAUUCAAUUUGAGUGGAUACAGAGACUAGUUAAGGAACCUCGUCACUUCCGGUGUGGCUUUGACAUUGUUCUUCCUUGGCAUUGGACAAACAUGGACUGUCGUGAAUAUCCUGUUCCUACUCUUCCACAUUGGUUCGAUCACCGAUUUAAUGGAGGUUUAAGAGUAUGGACAUGUAUACCCUUCUCUGAUAUGCAUUUUGAUUGGGUUGGUUUUAUUUUCUGUGUAGCAUUUGAGGUGAAUAAUUGUUCUGAAGUAUCUGGUUCAUCACAUCAAUCACCCUCGUCACCACUGCCAUAUCCUUUUUAUCUUUCUUUUGAAAGUGAACACACAGAAGAACGCUUUGAUAUGCCACUUAAUUUGGAAGGGAAUGAGAUUCAUGGCUCAAAGUAUCUUUGGAUAAUCUAUAUCUCGCUGGAACACUGUCAUUUUAUAAAAACAGGAGCUCAAAUCAAAUUUAAAGCCCGCCAAAAUUUGAUUAUGAAGGAAUGUGGGUUGCGCCUCGUAACCAAGGAAGACAUCGAGGCCUCAGAAUUGAAACCGAGAACAGAUCUUCCUUUAACGUUUUUUAAAAUGGAAGAAACAAGCAGCAGCAGCAGCAGCUUUGAGCCAAAAAUCCAACUUCCUUACAAUUGGUUAGUUUCAGUUGAAGAAUGUGUUGAGAAUGAUACAGUCAAGGGGAAAGAAAUUGAUCUCUUUAAUCUAGGCCUUUUGACAGGAAGACCGCAGUGAAAUCACAGUUUCUUUUCCAAGUCUAAGAAAAUUGAUUCUGAGCUGCUUAUGCCUCCUCGGCCUCCAAACUAGAUGGCCGUGAUUUGGAACAGAAGUGCACUCAUGCAAAAAGGAAACUCAACGUUGAAUUUGUUUGCUUUGGUGUAAGAGUCAAGAUGGAUGAUGUUGCUAAAGUUGGGAAUGAGGAGACAAAAUAUGCAUCGUUCCCUCUUAAGAUUGAGGAGAAGGUUGUGUAGUCUUUUUUGUGAGUUCUCGAGGACAUGUUUUAUGUGCUGUGCAGUGAUUUAGGGGGGAACUUUUUGGCUUUAGGAAUGAAAUUGGGGUCAUUUGUAUUCCGGUGUGUCUUUCUGGACAAUGUCCAUUAUAUGGUUCUAAGUAGUGUGACUAUUUAUUUACCUUUAGUAUUUGUAGUUGUUGGUUGUAUAGAAAUGUAACAUGGUAGUUCUAGAAAAUUCACAGUUGAUGUAUAUCAUGUAUUAGAUCUUAAUAAUUCAAAAAGCCCCACUUCACUCCAAAUAACCAUAUAUCAUGUAUUAUACCUGCAUAAUUUCUUCUUAUGGAUUAAAGAUGGUGUUUCUGUGUUAAAAUUCAAAGUUGCUCUAUUCAUUUUCACACUUUUGUAUAUUCACUCAA